AUGAGCGAUCGUCAGUGGCGGGAAGCCAUGACGCUUCUCAUGGAGCAAAUAAAUAAGGAGUCCACUUCAGAUCCUAGAGUCAUACGGCUACAAAAUUCACAGCUUUUGCAACAACAGCUCAACUGGUAUAACACAUACCGUCAUGUUUACGUACUUUUAGAGGAGUGUUAUGAUCAGAUGCACCAUCCACAAAAGCGGAGAGUGAUCAAGAAGUCUCUGGACGCAACCAUAGGACGAAUGCUUGAGUCCAGACGCAAUAUUUGCUGCUUAACUGGGACGUGGAGCCCCGAUAUCUUUGCACUCAUGAACAAUCGUACGUUACUUCCUACAGAUAUAGAAUUGCAUGUGCCCAGGUUUCUAGUGAGCGAUAACUUCUCUCUGAGCCGUCGAAAUGAUCUGCUGCGCCUUCUACUCGAGCGGUACGAGCUUCUUUCUCAGAAUGGAUCCUGCUUUGAUCUGACGCACUCUCUCCGAGGAUAUGUUCCUGGGAAGGGCAUCCUCGAGGAGAAGACGGAGGCCCAAGUGCAGCGAGCCAUGAGUCUCGAAGAAGCCAUACUUCUUAUUCAGCGCGCUGAGCGAGGACGUGCCGCCAGACUGCGAGCGAAGCUGGUACAGGACAUCAUGAAGGUUAAGCCGGCUGGACGGCAGAUACAAGGAGGGCGCAUUCACUCACGAGAACAGGCUAGUGUAAUCAUUCAAAAGUAUUGGCGAAGAGCCCUCGCAAAGUCCAAGGUGAAUGCCAUGAAGCAGGCCGAUUUAGUCUUCCUUGGAUUGGCAUCCUCAUCUGCUGCUCAAGGUACAGGUUCAUCCAUUCUUCCCAUCGUACAAGAUAUGGUAAGCAGUGAGUGCAUCAAGCGCGAGAAGCUAUAUGAAGCGGAUUACCUGGCGCGGCUCAAUGCUCGCAAGGACGUCCUCGACAAGUCCAUUCUUUCUGUCGGUAAGCCUGGAAUCCCAGACUCUGGCAUUGCAGCUAGUUCUAAUCUGCACACAACUCUUACUCCUCUAACCUCAGUUAUCAUUGCUACUACCUGUGAUGGGAUGGAGUCCACCUAUGCUCUUAGCAGAUAUAUAGAUAAGUCUAACAUCCUUUCUAACCAGCCAUAUAUGACUCACGUUACCAAUGCGUAUAACUCCGGGCUUCCUCUUAUGCAUGAUCUUGUGCGGAAUAGGAUUUUGUUAGCGGAUGCUAAAAAGCUUGGCCAGGCGGCCUAUCAAGCUGAGCUUAUUACUAAGCGCAAUGUGGCGCUGCGAAUUCAAGCCGAACUCGUUAUGCAAUCUGCAGAGGAUGUCAUUCUGCAAGAACUUAAGGAAAAGGAGGGGACCGAGCUGGAAAAACUGCUAUACUCUCGGCACAAAAAAGCCAUUGCGCAGUUCAGAGAUCUGAACGACGGGGCGAUUCCCACAAGUGCCUUAGACAUUGCCUCUCCCGAUGAGAAGCUGGUGAUGGAGAAGGUGGCAGCAGAGCGAGAGGCCGAGUUAUUGCGGAGAGGCUUGAAGGGGAAGAAGAAAAAAGGGAAGAAGGGAAGCAAAGGAUCCAAAGGAAAAACGGCUGCACCUUCGAAGGGGGCAGCUGAGGAGGCAGUUGAAGACCCAGACAAGGCCAAGGUUUCUUUUCUGUCUGCAUAUCUCCACGAUAUUGUCGAUACAACAGUCGAGUACUUCAACAGGUGGCAGCGACACGAUCCAGCUAACUUGGCUGAGCAGCCAUAUGAUGUUGAAUACCUUAAGGAAACUCUUAGACCCCAGAUACUGAAGGACGUAUACGACAGCGUUGCUGAAACGGUGACUGCAGAGCUCGACAACAUGCGUACCAUUGCCGACGCAACUAAGCAGCUUGUCGAGGCCAAGAAGGGCGGUAAAGGUAAGAAGGGUAAGAAGGGCAGUAAGGGGAAAAAAGGAAAGAAGGGGAGUAGGGGAUCCAAGAGCCUUCCAGCGCUUGAGCCCCCGCCACCCGUGGGCCCAGUUGGUGACGCCUCUGUCGAGGCAGCAUAUGCAGAACUGGUCAGCGAGGGUCUUGUAAAAGCGAUUAAGCCAGCUCGGAUACGAGAUUUUAUCGGAUGUGACACAUACAUUGCUCCUUCAAGCCAGGAGACUGAGUUCAUGCAACGAAUAGCUGUCAAGGCGCUUCAGAAGUUUACACAGCAGGGCACAAUUGCUAUAGACAAAAAAGCCGCCGGGAUUGUCGAUCCCGUUGAACAGGAGAAGCUGGCCGCAGCAAAGGCAUCUAUUCCUGCUUAUGCUCUUCUGCCGGACCUUCCAUCGUACAACCAGAUAAAGCAAGACAUAAUAGCCAACGUAAUCAUCCCUUUGGGGUGCCCCAUGGCAAGGGCCGUUCCUCACAGCAAUACCCUCCUUAUAUAUGGGGCUCCGGGGGUGGGGAAGACCCUUCUUUCGCGAAUUAUUGCUACUGAAACGGGUGCUCUUGUGAUUGACGUGUCUCCGGCAAAUAUUGUUAACAAGUUUCCUGGCCAGGAAAUCGGGGUGAUCUUCAAGUUGAUCAAGGUGGUUAUAGCCUCCAAUCAACCGGCAAUAAUAUACUUCGAUGAGGCAGAGCUUGUGUUGGCAGACACAAAAGAAAAAAAAGGAAAGAAAGGAAGCAAGGGAAACAAGGGGAGCAAAGGGAAAGGUAAGCUAAAGCUGCCUGGAGACGAUGUGGAGACCCCAGGAUACUCCAUGUGCUGCGAAGGAUACCCCAAGCUUAGCGACCCAGACUACAACCCCUACAGGCUUCGUAAAGAACUCCUUAGCUUGCUGAAGUCCAUUAAUGAGUAUGAUGGGGUACUUGUUUUAGGAUGCGCCACACGCACUAUGACUCGCGAAAAAGCACUUGCAGACUUCUUCCAGAGACACAUAUAUGUACCACUGCCUGACUAUAACACGAGGCUAAGGUUGAUCAGUCACUUCUUUGAGAAGAUGGGUUUGGAGCAAUUUGCUCUAACCGGAGUGGCCAAGGACGUCCCCGUGGGUCAGUACACGUCCUCGAAACUGAGCACAGGGGCCUUUGAUUCUCGACGGUUCACGGCACUGGGCCUGAUGAACUUAACGUCGGGAAUUGCAAUCACAAACAACGAGACCGAGAAGAUUCCUUUUGACCUCAGUUCUUUUGCCAAGGUUACCGAAGGAUUCACGGCAGGGCAGAUACAACAGGCUCUACACAUGGUCUGCACACCUGGACGCGUGGCAUCCUUGGGAUCCAAGCCCCUUAGUGUGGUCGAAUUCGGACAGGUCCUGUCCCAUUUGCAGCCACAGUAUGACUCCCAAGUCGCCCAUGUCGCUCUCUAUAAGCUGAACAAAGCCCCACCUGAGUAUCAACCGCCAAUUCCGCUCACGGACCCUACUCCUAAGAAAGGCAAAUAG